AGAAACGUGAGAAAAUGAAAUUCCAUUGAUAAAGACGGAAAUUAAUAAGUGAAAUUAAUAAGUGAGAGAUAAGAUGAUGAUAAAAUAAAGAAGGAAAAGAAGUUUAUUAAAAUGUAAUUCGUUAUAAAAAUGUCUUCUUUUGUUCGUGGCAAAUAAAUGAUUCGUAUCAAUGAAUCUCAGAACCAAUGACAUCGUCAACUUCCUACGAAGAUGGAGUAUUGGAUGGCGAGCAACGAGACCGGUCACCAUGGUAGAGAGGAGACAAUCCAGGAGGUCCUCAGAGAUCCAGGAUCGGCGGUGUUGUUCGUCGGAUAUCCGCGAUGGCUUUUGCACUUUGCUGCCGGCUGUUGCAUACUUUUCAUGCUCAUCGGCAUUCCCGGCAAUCUCUUCACCAUCGCCGCUCUUUUUCGCACCAAAAAGGUCAGGGUUUGUACUUUUUCAUUUUCUGAUUUUAAAUUAAGAGAUUCUCAUUUCUUGUUGUAUGGUAGAGUAAGAAUUAAGGAGAAGUGCCAUCUCUUGAAGAACUUCAAAAAGACAACGUUAAAGAAGUAUCGUUGGUACUUCAAAGAUGGCAGCAGUAAUCAAUUCUUACCUAUUUCUAUCUCUCUCACUCUAUUUUCUAGACGAUCUACAUCAACCAGGAACCAAGAGGAAGAACUGUCAAUUUUAAGCUCGAAUUGUACAACGAAUGUUUUAUGCCCAAACUUUUCUUCAAAAUGCACUGUAACUUCGUUUAAUCAACUGAACUAUUCGCGCACUCCUUCAAGAUCGGCGAUCGAGGAAGAAUCCUUAUCGGAACAACCAUCAUGGGAACAAAACUCGUGUAGGGUGGAGAAAGUAGAAAUCUCAGGAUACGAUGAAGAGAAUGUACAAGAGAUGAUGGAAGCAGAGAGAUGGAAGAAAAAUAGCAAAGAGCAAAUUAACCAAUCUGAUAACGAUGCAUCAAUUAAAACAAUCGUGGAAAUUUGUGAUAAAUCGAGACCUGGUCUGAUAAUAAAAAUAGACGAUAUACCAUAUGUGGACGAUCUCGAAGCAAUGGAAACAGUUUUUUCAAACGACUGUACCAAGAUCAAAGAAUCGACAGAGAAAAAUCCGACGAAUAGUGGAAAUAAAGUAGAUAGAACGACCAGUUCCAGAGCUUCGUUCCUCAUAGAAUCGGCUCUUUGGAUGCAAAGAUUUAAUUCCAGAACAUCCACAGGCAGUGAUCAAUACGAUGACUCGAAUUCAAAUACACCUGAUCGAUCGACGAAGAAGAAACCUAUAAUUAUUCGCAGAGAAUCGAGAUUUAAGAGUGUCAGAAAAUUUAGGAAUCCUGAUGGACCACCAAGGAUGAGCAAUAAAGACAAGAAGUUGUUGAAGAUGAUUUUAGUGAUAUUCUCGUCGUUUCUCAUUUGUUAUUUACCUAUCACCGUUACAAAGAUUUUUAAGAAUUCUAUUGAUUGGAGAGGAUUGAACAUCGCGGGUUAUAUCUUGAUCUAUUUGACCACUUGUAUAAAUCCUAUAGUUUAUGUCGUGAUGAGUUCAGAGUAUAGGAGCGCCUAUAAAAAUGUGUUGCUUUGUAAAAAUGAAUUUGGAACCAAUCAUGCAACUAAAAAAUCACCGAGAUGAAGGAUAUUUGAGUACGUUCCUGUUCGAAAUAUUACAUAAAUAAUUAUAAUUUGUAAGUUUUAUAAUUUUCUUUUU